AUGGAUUCUAGCCUCAGAAUUCAGUUCAAGAAUGAGCCCAUUAGCGAUACUCAGGAUGAAGGCAGCCAAGGCCAUCCCAUCCGUGGGGAGAGGGCCACCGAGAGUGCCGUCCGCGACAACGACGAUCGCAUCUUCACUAACAGCGCCUUGACAGGAACCCCUUUCCAUCUGGCAUCAUUCGAAGAACUCUCCACACAAAGUACCCUUCUUGGAUCAGACACACUACAUACAGAUAGCCCGCUCUUUGAUAAAUCAGAAGUCUUCUAUGAAGUGACAGGGGAAGACCGCCACAUCGCUCAGCCCAAACUCGAUGCAAAGCUUCAUAAAGGCUUCUUCAAAGUCAACGACAAAUGGACUACGUACCGCCGCAACUACUUCUCAGUUGGGGUUGCUGUUUCCUUUCCUCAGGACAUCCCCAACGGUCUGUAUGUACAGCACGGAGGAGAAGAACUCCGGCGAAUACACGCCUUUUCCGUGAAGGUUUCGGCGAGUGUUCACGGCAAGGAUGGUGAAAGCCGUAGAUUGAUACAACACGGACCUAAAAGAGUUCGGAACAGUGCCGAAGCACCAGAAGAGAUCUGCUGGUUUCCACACACCAUUAGUACAACCGGUGAAGAGGCAGCGAGCCGAUCCGAAGAAUCCAAUAUCCCCCGCAAUGUCGAGUUACCCGAGAACAAUGCAGGAGAUAGCAGACUUUUUUCUCACACUUUCGAGAGGAUACAGUUCGAGAGGGCUACGUUAAACAAUGGCAAAAAAGAGUCACGGCAGCAAUACUUCAAUAUCGUGAUUGAGCUUAAUGCGCAGAUCUCGGGAGGGGAGAAUAGUCGAGGCUUGCACUGGCUGAGGAUCGCCCGAAUAACCUCAGAGCCAAUCAUCGUACGUGGCCGAUCGCCAGGUCAUUAUAAGGAUGGAAGGAGAGAUAAUCAUGAUUCCAUUCGUCAUGGUGGCGAUGACAUGGGCCUAGAUAAUCUCACGGCAUUACCUAUAAUUCCACUCGGCAUCCACCUUAAACACGUGAACCCAGUGCUCGACCCUGAUCUGUAUUUUGGAAUAUUGGGGGAUAUUGAGUGGAAAGUUGCACAAAUCUGCCCUCUCAUCUUGCAGGCAAUGUCCUUAGCGACUUGGCCCGAGACGGUUGCCAUCCUCAUGCGAAUACUGAACCAUGCCAGGAAGGGGUUAGAGCUCAUGAAGCUUGAGCACUUCGCAGAGAACGGGUUCAGUGUUCUCAUUGAACAGCCAGAUGAUAGAGGAAUUGUCAAGGCCGUAUCAUGUGGUAACGAGGUUUUGGACAAUCUCAUCUCAAUUCUCGACCCAAGCACUGGCAUACAAAACCCGGAUUCAGAGUGCCUAGCCAAUAUGAAUAAAGCAGCGAGCGCUACUUUCGCCCAUUUGGGGCUCAAAAUAUGGCCUGCCAAUAGACCGAGUGAGAUUAUGCUUCAAUUCACUGCCUUGGUCUGUAUGCUUGGCUUAGGUUUGGUGUCAUACUCAGGAUCACACGCGUCCGCUUUUCAUGAGAAGUAUUUGGACUCAGUCACGGAUUUCAAAUUUCCUUUGUCGGAGGGUAUCGACGGUAAUUUGUCUAUUUUCCUCCGUCAGGUCAAUUUGAGCUGCCUUCAUGCAUAUAUUGGCGGGCCUGUCUGGGCGUUCUGCCUUGGAGACACAGAAACGGCUGACAAAAGAACAUUGGUUAUUUCACUCGAAUUAUUGGCAGACCUCUGGGGUCCAUUGAGAAUAUCAUAUACCAGCGAAGGCUUGAUUCUGGCUAUUGCAGUUGAACGGGGGACUAUCGUCGGUAUAAGACCUCAGGCUGACAGAGAAGACACCGUGAGUUGUCAUUGGUUUCAAUGGGGUGAGAAGUUGCCCGAAUCACCUUUUGCCUUUGAAAAGACAACUCUGCUCGCCAUCGGGUCAUCAUCCGUCACUUCUACACAAAAUAUGGAGACAGCGCAGUAUAAUUUCAAUCAAAUAUACGUUGGACUGGGGCCGAAACUGCGGGAUACUAGUGAAUUAACCUUACUCGGGGUCGAAAGAUCGAACUGGGCGGCCGAUACCUUAAGUGCAAAUGUUGGCUUCUCCAAGUUCGUCAAUAUGAGCGCUGGAGUGAGUUUCAAGAAAAUUCCAGGGCGGUCGAUGAAAUCUAUGCUCUUGUUUCAAUGGCAGGAUGACUAUCCAGAUCCGCAAACACUGCAGGUGAGAAUGGGGUUAGAGAUCAGUGCAUUGACUGGAGAUGCGCUUCGAAUGCCCCUUUGGAGACUGUUCCAGGUGGAGACAAUCAGGGACUAUGUGAGCCGUGUUUUUCCAGACCAUUCAUCUCGGCCCACGGACACAAUUUCCUUCCUGGACGCAUUCAAUGAUGACUUCCAGCAAUUUCUGAAGUCAUGGUCCGCAAACGCGGACUUCCGUUCCUCGGCAAGAAUCAUUAUUCGCACUAUUCUAGCCAAUCUGCAAUACACCGGGCCGGCGGAAGGAGGCAAUCUCCGUGCAUGGUAUGUGGAGAACGGCGGAUGCUUGCAAAUUCAGAAAUGUGAUCGACACCCCUGGCUUGCGUUGUUACGGGAUUCCGAGUAUGAAUCUUCAGUCGCUCUCAUAAGUAAUCGGCCCGUCCACUCCGGCCUUUCAACGGCGUCAUCAGGGGAUCAUCCAAUGGAUGACAGAUGGGGCACACUGCUUCAUACCAGGAUCAUUCCGAAGCCCCAUCUUCAACAACCGAGGAAAUUAAAUCUUAAGGGUAAGACAAGACAUAGUUCACAGUCGUCCAAUAGUCAAGCACCAUUGUACGAGCCAACACCACCAGGCCGUCACCUCAGAAGUAAUCCCCGCGGACUUGAACUAAUGCCCUACGGAUCAGCGCUUAGUGAAAGCAUGUGCUUAGAUCGCACAAGCCACGCAGCCAAUGCAGUUCUAAUGCACACACUGAAGAGGGCAAUGGAACAGCCAAUCCUGGCCACUUUGAGAAAGGUUGUAAAUGGAUACGCCGCCCUCGAGCUCUCGGAGGUCCCAUCUCGCGACGGUAAGCCCAAUAUACUUCAGCUCAAGUCUUCUCGCUUGAGUGGGAUUCUUCCCUUGAGGUAUACAGACUCCAAGGCCAGCAUGCUCUACAAGGAAGCUACAGGGUACGACCAACAUGGUUCUAUCGAGGUUUAUAUUAUAUAA